AUGACCGGAUUAUCAAAGCGCCCGCCAGGCGUAGGGUUCGAAAAACCUAUUCUCACAGAAAAAUUCCGUCGGUCGACCCUGUACUCCAGAUCCCCGGAAGCGCCCUCAGUAUCUCAGCUUUUCGACUUCACACCCACGACCAGACACCCCCAUAGACUAACCGGCAGUCAAGACAAGAUGGGCAAGGGACUCAAGAAGCACCAGAAGCGCCUUAGCGCGCCCUCGCACUGGCUCCUCGACAAGCUGUCGGGAACCUACGCUCCCCGCCCCUCGGCCGGUCCUCACAAGCUCCGCGACUGCCUGCCCCUCAUCGUCUUCCUGCGCAACCGCCUCAAGUACGCCCUCAACUACCGUGAGACCCGCUCCAUCAUGAUGCAGCGCCUCAUCAAGGUCGACGGCAAGGUCCGCACCGACAUCACCUUCCCCGCCGGCUUCAUGGACGUCAUCACCAUCGAGAAGACUGGCGAGAACUUCCGUCUCAUCUACGACACCAAGGGCCGCUUCACCGUCCACCGUAUCCAGGCCGAGGAGGCCGAGUACAAGCUCGGCAAGGUCAAGCGCGUCCAGCUCGGUCGCGGUGGAAUCCCAUUCUUGGUCACGCACGAUGCGAGAACCAUCCGCUACCCUGACCCCCUCAUCAAGGUCAACGACACCGUCAAGAUCGACCUGAAGACUGGCAAGAUCCAGGACUUCAUCAAGUUCGACACUGGCUCCAUCGCCAUGGUCACCGGUGGUCGCAACAUGGGUCGUGUCGGUGUCAUCACCCACCGUGAGCGCCACGACGGAGGUUUCAACAUCGUCCACAUCAAGGACGCCAUUGACAACACCUUCGCCACCCGCGAGUCCAACGUCUUCGUCAUCGGCUCCGAGAAGCCCUGGAUCUCCCUGCCUAAGGGCAAGGGUGUCAAGCUCACCAUCGCCGAGGAGCGUGACCGCCGUCGCGCCCAGGCCCUGGCUGGCAACUAA